GUCAGAGAAAGGUAGGUUUCGUGGAGCUGCUCGUGAAAUUUCCUGAAAAUACGGUAUUUCUGCAAGUUUUUACCUGCUGCAAUAAGUUGAUUUCAGCGCGGGGAGCCGUUCCGUAAGUGCGUGGCGUUAAAAUUGGAAAAGCGAGCUGAAAUAAGUGGAAAUUUGCAAGAUUUCCGAUGCCCCGGCGAUUCUCGUGGCGGCACAUGUAGAAAUCUUGCCAGGCUUGCUUGGAUCCAAUCUCUAAGUUUGAGGAACAAAAAGUGCAUAAAAUAGUGAAGCUUUUUUGGGGCUCUGUGAAGAAUAUUGUUGAUGUGUUGGGGAUCUUUUAUAAAAAAGAUUUUAGAGUUUCGAGAUUUGUUCUAAAUUCUAACUUCCAUCACGUUUUCGGUAUUCCAUCGGUUGCUUAGUUGCUCCACUCUCUCGUGCUCUGAUCACGCCAACACAACAACGCCACCAAAAUGCCGCAGAACGAGUACAUUGAGCGCCACAUCAAGCUGCACGGCCGGCGGCUCGAUUAUGAGGAGCGCAAGCGGAAACGCGAGGCCCGCGAGCCGAAGAAGCGUGCCGCCAUGGCCCGCAAGCUGCGCGGCAUCAAGGCCAAACUGUUCCAGAAGGAGCGACGCAACGAAAAGAUUCAGAUGAAAAAGAAGAUCCAGGCCCACGAAGAGAAGAAGGUCAAGAAGACCACGGAAAAGGUCGAGGACGGUGCCAUUCCGGCCUAUCUGAUGGACCGUGGCGUCCAAUCGAGCGCCAAAGUUCUGUCCAACAUGAUCAAGCAGAAGCGAAAGGAAAAGGCCGGCAAAUGGGACGUCCCAAUUCCGAAGGUGCGCGCCCAGUCCGACGCCGAAGUGUUCAAAGUCAUCCGCAGUGGCAAAACCAAACGGAAAGCGUGGAAGCGAAUGGUCACCAAAGUCACCUACGUCGGGGAGAAUUUUACCCGAAAACCGCCCAAGUUCGAACGGUUCAUCCGGCCGAUGGCACUGCGCUUCAACAAGGCACACGUCACACACCCCGAACUCAAGGCCACAUUCCACCUGCCCAUCAUCGGCGUCAAGAAGAACCCGUCGUCACCGAUGUACACCAGCCUGGGGGUCAUCACCAAGGGUACCGUUAUCGAGGUUAACAUCUCCGAGCUCGGUCUGGUGACGCAAUCCGGCAAGGUCGUCUGGGGAAAGUACGCCCAAGUCACCAACAACCCCGAGAACGACGGUUGUAUCAACGCUGUGUUGUUAGUUUAACUCUCUCUGUGCUAUUUAAGUCCGUUUUAGUUUGUAAGUUGCGUUGCUUUGUAAACUGGAGCAAAUAUAGACCUGGCCGAAUGGUAUUUUUUUGUAUCAAAA